GAAGAAAUACCCUUCGCAACAAACUCACUGCCCCACCCCUUGAGACCACGUCGACAUAUAUAUGAUUCCAUCUGUUUCUGCAUACACAAUCAUCAUAAGGAGCUUGCGGAAAGAUUUGAGAGGUCCCCAAAAGAGGAAAGGAGAAGGGUAAAGACAUUGCACAAAGUUGCUGCUGAAGCAGCAACUGCGUGAAGCGGCGCCAAGAAAAUGACCAAGAUUUUCUUGCAUUUGCUGCUUCUUGUGGCCUUCUCGGCCAAUGCAGCUUUGGGAGCCCAGAUCGUCAAGACUCUUCCUGGUUAUGAUGGUGAACUUCCCUUUACGCUUGAGACUGGGUACAUCUCUGUUGCGGAUGCGGAGAUGUUCUACUACUUCAUUGAAUCAGAGGGAAACCCUAAAGAAGACCCUCUUUUGCUCUGGUACAGUGGAGGCCCUGGUUGCUCUGCUUUUAAUGGCCUCAUUUUUGAAAAUGGUCCGUUACAAUUCAACAUCACUGAAUAUGAAGGAGGUGUGCCACAGCUGGAGUACUAUCCAUACUCUUGGACAAAGACAGCAAGCGUUUUGUUCGUUGAUGCACCAGUCGGUACUGGCUUCUCUUAUUCCACAACUGCCUCUGGUUGGUACACCUCAGACACACAAGCUGGCUGGCAAACCUAUAAGUUCUUGAGAAAAUGGCUGAUUCAACACCCACAGUAUUUGAAACUCCAAUUAUUUAUUGGCGUUGAUUCUUAUUCGGGCAUUUCUGGCAGUCUCCUAGUCAAUCAUAUUGUAAAUGAAAAUGAAGCUGGUUCUGUCCCGCGCUUGAAUCUCAAGGGUUACAUUCUUGGAUGCCCACGAAUUGAUGCAGACAUUAACGACAACUCAAAAAUUAUAUUUUCUCAUCGGAUUGGCCUUAUAAAUGAUGAGCUCUAUGAGACGUUGAAGGAGAGUUGCAAUGCUAGUUACACUGACAUCGAUGAAAGCACAUCCUCCCCUGAAUGCUAUGAGGCAUAUGAAUUUUAUUCUCGGCUUAUCAAAGACAUAAACAAAAACGACAUUUUGGAGCCUAAAUGCGUCUGGGCAUCCCCUAAAUCCGGUGGAGAGCUCAGUUAUAGAUCUCUCGAAGAGAACCCCGAUAACUUCAUUCUCUCGCCUCCCAAGAUCCCUGAAUUUUGGUGCCACAACUUCAACUAUGCCAUGUCCUACUGGUGGGCAAACGAUCAAGGCGUUCAGGAAGCUCUUGGCGUGCGGCUGGGAACAGUUGGCGACUGGGUUAGAUGUAACAAGUCACUGCAGUACACAAUGGAUGUAAGCAGUGUCCUCGAUGUUCACCAGAACCUCAGCACCAAAGGGUUGCAAGUUCUCGUAUACAAUGGCGAUCACGACCUCACCAUCCCAAGCACCGGAACGCAACAGUGGGUCAAGGUGCUUGACCUGACGAUUGUGAAUGAUUGGCGACCGUGGCUUGUCGAUGGCCAGAUUGCCGGUUAUACCAUCAAGUAUUCGGAACACGGUUACAGACUGACCUAUGUUAGUCUCAAGGGGGCUGGUCAUUCGCCUCAAGAGUACAAGCGACGAGAGUGUUACGAGAUGUUUCGAAGGUUCAUCCAUUACUAUCCAAUCUAACUUGCGACCGGAGAAUUGAGGAGACUAGCUUGAUAUGCAAUAGUUUCGGAUUCUUUUCUCCUUGCUUUGUCAUAAAUUUUGUAUCCGUAAAACCGGUGUAAUCAGUCAAAUAAUGCAAGUUUUCAAUUGGGGAAUUUGGGAUCACAGUGUCGAUGCCGAUGCCGAUGGUCAUGGAUCGACGGCCUGAAGAAUUUGUUAAAUGAUUUGAAGAGAGAUGCCUGUACAUGAUCCUUCCGCAUAUUAUGCAAUUGAUCGUCAUCACUUCUCUUUC